AUGGCGGUCAACAGGAUAAAAGCCCAGUUCGCGGCCCCUAGGAAGGGAGAAACGUUCGAGCUCAGGGCAGGUUUGGUCUCCCAGUAUGCCUAUGAACGGAAGGAAGCUAUUCAGAAGACAAUCAUGUCCAUGACGUUAGGCAAAGACGUCUCCGCACUGUUUCCAGACGUCCUGAAGAACAUAGCAACGGCGGACCUGGAUCAGAAAAAGCUCGUUUACCUAUACCUCAUGAACUACGCAAAAUCACAUCCAGAUCUUUGCAUUCUCGCCGUUAAUACCUUCGUUCAAGAUUCAGAAGAUCCAAAUCCAUUGGUACGAGCGCUAGCAAUACGGACAAUGGGAUGCAUCAGGGUAGAGAAGAUGGUGGAUUACAUGGAGGAGCCGUUGAGAAAGACUUUACGAGACGAGUCGCCCUACGUCCGAAAGACCGCAGCAAUAUGCGUGGCCAAGCUCUUUGAUUUGAAUCCUGCUUUGUGCCUGGAGAACGGGUUUCUGGAGACGUUGCAAGAAUUGAUGGGAGACCCAAAUCCUAUGGUUGUGGCGAACGCGGUCACAGCGCUGGCAGAAAUCAACGAGGCCGCACCAGAGACGCGAGCAUUACAAAUAUCAUCGAACGCCCUUAAGAAGAUGCUGAUGGCCUUGAACGAAUGCACGGAGUGGGGAAGAGUGACGAUAUUAUCAACGUUAGCGGAUCACAAGGCAGCGGACGUCAAAGAAGCAGAGCACAUCUGCGAGAGAGUAUCACCGCAGUUCCAACAUGUCAACCCGAGCGUUGUACUUGCUGCGGUCAAGUGUGUCUUCCUGCACAUGAAGUAUAUAAGUCCAGAAACUGCGAAAUCCUAUUUGAAGAAGAUGGCACCUCCACUGGUCACGCUUGUCGCUUCACCACCCGAGGUUCAAUACGUUGCUUUACGAAACAUUGAUCUUCUUCUUCAAAAACAACCUGACAUUUUGAGCAAAGAGCUGCGUGUCUUUUUCUGCAAAUAUAACGAUCCUUCAUAUAUCAAAUUCGAAAAGCUUGAGAUUAUGGUACGAAUAGCUAAUGACAAAAAUGUUGAUCAGCUCCUGGCCGAGUUGAAGGAAUACGCCCUCGAAGUUGACAUGGAUAUCGUGAAGCGGGCUGUAAAAGCGAUUGGGCAAGUCGCUAUCAAGAUCGAAAGUGCCACAGAGAGAUGCGUAAACACUCUGCUGGAUCUCAUCAAUACCAAGGUCAACUACGUGGUGCAAGAGGCGAUCGUAGUCAUCAAAGACAUCUUCCGCAAGUACCCAGGCUAUGAGGGGAUAAUCCCUACCUUGUGCAAAUGUAUCGAUGAAUUGGACGAACCUAAUGCUCGAGGAUCAUUGAUCUGGAUUGUUGGGGAGUAUGCGGAGAAGAUCAGCAAUGCUGGUGAUAUCCUUGCUGGAUUUGUGGACGGCUUCAUGGAGGAAUUUACACAAACACAACUGCAAAUCUUGACGGCCGUUGUCAAGUUCUUCCUCAAGAAGCCCGAUCAACCUCAAGCACAAACUCUAGUCCAAAAAAUCUUCCAGUCAGCCACCGCAGAAAACGAUAAUCCCGAUGUCCGAGACCGAGCGUAUGUCUACUGGCGCCUCCUUUCCAGCAACCCCCAGAUCGCAAAAAGCGUCGUCCUUUCUGACAAACCUCCCAUCACAACCACCAUCCAAUCUCUCCCACCAGCCCUCCUUGAACGCUUACUCACAGAACUCUCAACUCUCGCCUCCGUCUAUCACAAGCCUCCCGAAUCCUUCAUCGGUCAAGGUCGCUAUGGUGCAGACGCCGUCCAGAAGGCCGCUAUCGAAGAACAGAUGCAAAAUGCCCGCGAAAACCCUCUCGCCGCCGCUGCUGCGGCAGCUGCGGUGUCUGGCGCUCCCCCACCGCAAGCGAAUGCCGAAAAUCUGCUCGACAUCGAUUUCGAUGGCGCAGCACCCGCGUCCGCCCAAAAGUCUCCGCUGUCAGGCAUGUCUGGCCUGGAAGGUCUGGCGGGCACCCCGGAGCGCGUUGCCUCGCCGGCUGGGGCCGACGGGCCGAAGAUGCCGUCUUCAGGAGGUAAUCUAGACGACCUGAUGGGAUUGUCGAAUGGGAGCGCCGGCGGCUUCGGGCAGCAAGCGAACGGAAACGGGACGGGCAUGAGUAACGAGGAUGUGCUCGGUGGGUUCGCCAGCUUGGACAUGAGUGCUGCGAGUCAGCCACCGCCGGCAGGGCAGCAGCUUCAGGGGGGCAAGAAGACUAAUGAGGAUCUGUUGGGGCUGUUCUGA